ACUAGAACAGUGGUUCUCAACCUUCCUAAUGCACCAACCUUUUAAUACAGUUCCCCCCCCCCACCCCAACUAACCAUAAAACUAUUUUCGUUGCGACUUCAUAAAUGCCUAUUUUCCGAUGGUCCUAGGCGAUCGCUGUGUAAGGAUUCGCGACCCACGGGUUGAGAGCUGCUGUACUAGGAACCAAUACGGAAUUCACUUGCAACCAGUGGUCACAUCAAACACACCAUCAUUGCCCGCGGAACCAUACACCAGCAGGGGCUACUACACCCUCCUCCACCGGGGGGGGGGGGAGGGGGGCCACUACACUCUACACCACCAAGGGCGUCUACGGUGAGUCAGCACCCACCUUUCAAUUACAGUCAAGCUGCUGUUGGAAGUACAUGUCCCAAGAUUAAGCGUGACAAGUUAGCAAGUAAAGUUACAUCUGUUCACAACACACCUGGGCUACCUGGACUCAAGAGAUCGCACACCACACUUCCGUGGGUUACCUGGACGCAAUAAAAAAAUAGCCCACACACACCCUCACCUAUUCACACCCCACACAUACCCCGUAUCACCAUAACCACACCCACACUCAACCGACCACCACCCACACCAUUAUAAUGAAAGCAUAUAAAAGCCAUCAACCGAACAGAAAAGUUAUCAACCAUCAUGUCAUCAUGGCAUUUAACGAUACAAUGGUAGGACAGGUACCCUAAAGUACACCACGUUCAGGCCCUUUGUCUACCUGUAGAAUACUGUUACACCUUCACCGUGAUCAAAAGGACAAGGUAUUAAAUUAAACAAUUAAAUCAAACCAAUUUAAAGAUAAUAAGUAAAAAAUGUGAUCUUAAUGAUAAGUACAAGCAGCUGUUUCUGUUUAACAGGUGGACGUACAAGCAGCUGUUUCUGUUUAACAGGUGGACGUACAAGCAGCUGUUUCUGUUUAACAGGUGGACAAUAUUUGGAGAACCUGCUUUUUGUGUCGGUGUUUCUGAACUAUAUUAGGGUUGACAAUGUGGUAACAACAGAAUGGUUCAUUUGCUGUCAAGCUUGUCUAGGAGUGUCCUUUUGGGACUUUCUUGUUGGAUUGUCCAGGAAAGUCUUAGUACACUGUCCAGGACUGUCCUACUACGCUGUCCAGGACUGUCCUGCAAUAUUUAACAUGAAAUUUGGCCACCCCUGUACUAUUAAAUCAAAAUUAUUAAUUUUUUUUUUUUUUUUAAAUGUAGACAGGAAUAUCAGUAUGGGGAAAAAAUAUGUAAAAUACUGUAAAGAUUAUUUUUUAAACUUAUAUCUAAGAGAAAUUAUUCAUUCAUCAUCUUAUUCGACAUUAAUAACUCUAUCAUUCCUUUCCAAAAAACAUUUACAAUGUUUGAGUAUUUACCCUGAGAGUUGUACAUUCUACCACAUAAAUGGAUCAUUGUAAAGGAACAAUAAAAAAAAGAUCUUAAUUUCAAUGAAAUAAAUAAAUGGUAUAGCUAGGUACACUGACUGUAUUUGAUUGAUCAAAUUUUCUUAUUUGUAGCUGUAAUAUUAGUAAUAACUAAUCAAUUUAUUUAAAUAAUUCUUUUUUCCAGGAUGUGUACCCUUGCUCUGUUCUAGCUAUUUGUGUAUUGUAUCUAAAUAAGUAAUGGGAUCAGUGACUGCCUAAAUAUGUAGCGCUAUAGUUAUUCUGUAUUUUGGUAGAAUUAGCUUAACUAUGGGUGUAACUAUUGAUUUUUUGCAAUUUUUUAAAUAUGACCGAUUUUUUGCUUAACGCUUAAUGUGAAUCCAUACUCUUUUCUAAAAUAUUUUGUAUUUUAAAUAUACUUGUUAUGGGGACACUGGCUAUUUAAGCACAUAGACCUUUAGUUCCACUACAUUUUGAUAGAAUUUUCAUGUAUGCUUUCUGAUCGGUACAUUUUGUGAUUUUUUUUAAAUAUACAAAUAUUGCGUUUUUUAACCUCCUUUUUCUUUUUUUUCAAAAUGUGAGGAAACAUCAUUUUCAUGACAAUAAAAUUAAAUGAAUUUAUUAUUUUUACCUUUCAAAAAAAAUUGAGUCUGUUCUCUAUAAGCGUCGGUAUGUGUUGAGUGUAAGUGAAUGUGUACCCGGUAUAGUCUAUGUGAUUUAUUUUUACAGAUAUAACUUUACAAAAAUUGCACUUUUGACUCUGGCAAAAAAAAAAAAUGAAAAUACUAAAUUUUAAAAAAUUCCUAACUUUUUUUACUAAUUGAGUUAUAUGAAUAAGUUUUAUAUCCACAUUCUAAGAAUCAUGAGUUCUUGACAUAAAACAAAGCUAUAGGACUGUUUGGAAAAAUCAGUAUGUGGUACCUAAUGUUCAUCUAAAUAAUAAAUUUUGAUCUAAAAAAAACAUGAAAACCAUGGGUUAUUAUUAACCUAAAUUAUUUCAAAAUGUGUGUUCAUCCUUUAAAGUAUUAAAGCCGUCUUGAAUAUAAAGAUAUGCAUAAAAUAUUGUCUCCAACCAUAACAUUAGUAACAUAUUAUCAUAUAUUAAAUUAAAAAGCUCAAAGCAGAAAUCAAUCAGCAAACAGCAAACCAGGAUAUUUUAAAACGGGUAGCCACACAAAGAAAACUGAAUUGAAAAUGUUUUAAAAGAACAUAAAGCAUUAAGUUGUAUUUAUAAAAGGAUGGUUUUGUGGUUUAAGAUGAAUUUAUUCACAGUCAGGGCAGGUAAAAUAAUUACUGUCAACUUCCCCAUGUUAUUUGAGUCUCUGUGGCUACAACUCAACAAUGAGGUUGAGACCUGUCUCUGAUGUCACAGAGAAAAAAAAGGAAAAAAAAGUGUCUCAGACUUGAACAUGUUUUAAAACAACACAAAUUAUAAAGUUGUAUUUCUUAAAGCAUGGUCUUGUGGUUUUAGGAGCUUUUUUCCCUGUAAGAUGAAUUUAUUCCCAAGUACUGAAGUAGAGAGUGCCUGCUUUUAAGAUGAAUUUAUUC